UUUUUAUUUUUUUUUCAUUUUUACAUAAAAUUUGCAAUAUUUUUGGAUUAUUUUUUUAGAAAUUUUCAGCUUAAAAAUAUGUCUAGACACAGGAAUGUACGCAAAUUGAAUAUCGCUGAAGAGCUCGACGAUGAUUAUGGGGACGAUUAUGAUGAUUAUGACGAGGAAGAAGAAGACCCGCAAAAUUAUGAGCAACCUAACCAAUAUAUUGACAAAACAACAACAAAAAAGCAGAAACCAGUAGAAGCAAUACAAAAUAAAUCGCCUUCUAAAAACGAACAGAUUAAGCAAAAUUUGGCAAUUGCCCCAACCGUCGAAAAUUUAAAAAUAGAUGCUGGUUAUUCAAAAGAUCGUUCAGAUUCAAAAUCUCCAAGUAGAGCUUUAACGCCAAAACAAACUUUGAGUAAUCUUGAAAUGGCUAUAGCUGCUGUUCCUAAAUACAGGCAAGAAAUUUUGAGAAAAGAACGCGCCCAGAAGAAUCAAAACCUGCGUUGAAUUUGGUUAUUAUUGGACAUGUGGAUGCUGGUAAAAGUACAUUAAUUGGUCACCUUCUCUACCAAGUUCGGUUGUGUUUCUUUA